AAUGUGAGUCCGUGAGUUGUGUGCGCUUCGUUUGCUCAUAUUUCUCGAAAUAAAUAUUCAAAAGCAAAGCAAAAUGUCGUCACAUUCAUUUUCCGACCUGAACAAGCAGCUGGAAACAAUAAAGGCGCAAAAGUUGGAAAAAUGCGAAAAGCAAGCGGAAAUACAAACGGUGAAUGUCGUGAAUACCGUCAGAAUUAAAAGAACAAAAUGUCUUGAUAAGAUACUCCAAUUUAUACAAUUGGACGAACACGAAUGCAAGUCAAAGCAGGAACGCACGAGAAAACAGCAAUGUCUCCAUUAUUUCAUUAUUUGGUUGAUUUUUGUCUUCCUGGUUGCCGUUACCUCUGCCUGUUUCAUCAUGUGGUUCACAAAUUACUACGAAACGACGCUGCAAUCGAAUCUCGUGCUGGCCAAUAACACAAAAGCGAAGCAAUGGUGGGAAAAGACGCCAAUUUACCCGCUUCUUAAGGUUUAUAUUUUCAAUUAUACCAACACGGAGGAGUUUUUGAGUGGUCAAGAUGAUAUUCUGAGGAUACAGGAGAUUGGACCACUAACUUAUAACGAAACUGGGGAACGAGUCGAGUUGGAACAUCAUGAUGAUAACACAAUUAGUUAUCGUGAAAGAAAACAUUACGAACUGAUUCCUGAACUAUCGAACGUCGAUUUGUCAAAACCUGUGAUCGUGCCGAACGUUUUAUCAAUAAUUGCGGAUACAAAAGUCGGUCAGUUGAAUGUUUUCGAGAAAAUUAUGCCAAAAUUGGUAUUAAGACCAUCGAUAUCGCCAUUUAAAACGCUCAACGCGACGGAAUUUCUUUGGGGAUAUGACGACCCAAUUCUACAUCUGCAGAAAUUGCAAUCUUUUAUCUCAGGGGACACGUCGAUUAAGGUCGAUAAGUUGUUUGGCAUCAUUCGAACUAAAAACGGCACAAGCCUCGAUAAAUAUCGCAUCAACACGGGCGAAAAUGACAUCAGCAAGCUCGGAGUCAUCGUUUCGUUCAACGACAACGAACGCCUGGAGCACUACAAGGUAGAUUCGUGUAACGAGAUCAACGGCACCGAUGGUUCCCAGUUCCCGCCGCAUCUCGUAGCUGACAAAUCCGACUUGCAUAUCUUCAUUAACACACUUUGUCGGAAAUUUCCGUUGGUUUUUGAGAAGGAAGUGACAGUUUUCAAUGGAAUUCCCGCCUUGCGUUACAAAAACCCGGAAAAUGUGUUUUCGCAUCCCGAUGAGAACCCGGAUAAUCGAUGUUAUUGCGAAGGAGGCGAUUGUCCGCCGAGUGGCGUGUUCGAUUUGUCAAAAUGCAUCUUUGACAUGCCCAUUUUAGCAUCUUUUCCGCAUUUCUAUCAAGGCAAUGAGAGUCUCUGGAAGAAUUUUGAUGGUAUUCGACCGGAAAAGGAGAAGCACGAGACCUAUGCUGACAUUCAUGGUAAACUGGCGUUUCCUUUAAGUGGCGUGUCGCGCUUCCAAAUCAACAUUAAACUGCCGAAAAAGACAGAAUUUCCAAAUGACUUUGCUCAAUUUCAUAAUCCCCGUCGAAAUCACACCUAUGACAUCCUCCCGCUUGUGUGGAUGGAAAUCACCGGAGGCGACAUCCCCAUCGAAUUUCAAGAGAUCAUCUAUCACAGCACCUUUACCGUCAACGUUUUCGAAAGUAACGUGCGUUAUGGAACCGUUAUCAUCAUAAUUGUGUCAUUUUUACUCUUCUUAACUCUCUUUUUCGUGUGCAAACGAAGACCAGAACCCGAAAUGGAAGUCACCUAUAUCCACGAAACAGUCCAUAUCUCGUAACUGCCACGCUGCGAAUAGAAAAAUUGACGAAAAAAAUGUUGAAAUUAUUGUGAUAGAUAAAAUUUUGACACUUAUGCAUCAAAUGCAAGACAAAAUAAUGAAAAAAUUGUAGAUAAUAAUUUUUUUAGGGAUAAGGCGGCAUGUAAUCUCACCAAAAAAAAAAUAGACAAUAAUAGUACGAAAUACUCCAAAAAGUCAGGAAAUUAUAUUUUUAACUAGUUUUUUCAAUUUUUUUGUGAAAAUAAUACAAAAAACAUAUCAGCGAGUUAGUUUUUAAGAAUUUUAAUGUUAAAAAAAGUUUUAGAAAAAAAAUGAAAAAUAAAAAAAAAUAUGAAAAA